AUGGAGGCCUUCGACUUUCACUCUGAUUACCCAUUAGAAGACCUAGCGUCGUUCUAUCCAACGACUAAGUCGGUCAUGCACCCCGACGUAGCUCUGCAUGACCAUUCGGAUCCCUUGAUGUUUCCUUCUGACGUGCAUAAUCGAGCGAACCACGCUAUGCAAAUGCUGAAUGACGAAACAAGUCACUCUCAGAAUGUGGUAUCACCUGACCAAUUGCCUAUCGACGGGCUUCAUACCCAGCAAGUUGAACACAUGUUCCACGAACGUAUGACCGGGUUUCAAAGGCCUAAUAGCGCAGCAUCUUCAGAUCAUUUGUCGAUGCAUGCGUAUGCAGCGGUUCCGAAUCAGAAUGACCAACGAAGUAUGACAGCUGAUAUGCCGCCCGCACUGGACAUGCCGUUUUCUAUGCCUGGAAAACUCCCUCAUAUGACAGGCAAUGCCUUUCUCCCACGCACAGAUGUUUCACUUGACAAUUCGCCCCAGGAUUCGCAAAGUAUGACACCCAUGUCCUCUAUUUCAGUACGUAUCGAAGGUGCGUCCGCCGGAACGUGCCUUCCCUUUCAACCACUAACGCGCAGCAAAAACCAUGUCCUCCUCUGGAGUCAUCUUCAAUCACACCAGCCAGCGUAUUCUCUAAAAUCAGCUCGGCAAGCACGAAUGAUUUCCUUUCUCCCUUGA